AUGACUAUCACCCUGCAAAACGUGGCCUAUCAGCUGAGACUGAGGAUUGACGAUGAUCCUGUGAGUGGAUGUAUAGGUGGUUGGGAGCAGUACCAUCAUGGACGGACCAUUGAGGACUUUUUCUAUGGAGAGUUGGAGCAGGACCCUGCUGAGCAGCGCCUUUUGAGGUACAUGAAAGGGUACAUCAUACAGUUGAUAGGGAGUAUCCUGUUCCCAGAUGCAUCUGAUUCUCGGGUGUACAUUAGGUGGUUCCCCCUCCUAGAGGACCUUGAGGCAUGUGGCCGUUUAUCUUGGGGCUCGGCUGUGCUGGCAUGGCUAUACCGCCAGAUGUGCCAUGCCACAGAGCAUGGCCAGCGCAACUUAGGAGAUUGCAUCAGCUUGCUGCUGUCUUGGGCCUAUCAUUAUAUUCCGCUGCUACGGCCCGGUGGAUUUGACACGCAUCGGUUUCCGCUGGUCGAGAGGUGGGUUCAGUAUCUACCGAACAAUGCCAGAGGCGAGGGCAGGCUUAGGCAUUGUAGGCGUACUCUGAAUAGGACUGGGCUGCUGAACGUAAGUGGAGUGGACGCCGUACGCAGACCCACAGCUGCACGGUCUGAUUCCACCGACGACAGCUAA